CCGCCACUCUCCAUCGAGUCUCCGCCUCCAUGUCCACUGAGCAAGUGCCCUCAUCAGUAGCGGUCCAUGCUCGUUCUGCGUCUCACUUGUUGGUCAUCCAUCAUGAGUAAACCCACCACGGCAGCGUGUGCCGUCAUUGUCGCUCUCAUUUUCCUCCCAAAGUCCUGCGACGCCACUCACAAGCUUUUGGUGUUCCUCAUCGAUGGGUUUCGCUAUGACUACAUGGACGAUUUGCAGAGACUUUCAGGAUUCAGGGAGAUCGUGGAAAACGGCGUCAAGGUGGAUUACAUGACGCCGGAUUUCCCCAGCCUCUCUUAUCCAAACUACUACUCGCUCAUGACAGGACGGUAUUGUGAAGUACAUCACAUGACUGGGAACUACAUGUGGGAUGAGAACACCAAUAGCGAGUUCCUGAUCGGCCUCAACCAGGACAGCCGCCUGCCUCUGUGGUGGGACGGAUCAGAGCCUGUCUGGGUCACCUUGCAGAAAUUGAAGAAGAGGGUCUUCAUGUACUACUGGCCAGGUUGUGAGGUGGAAAUCCUGGGAGUGAGGACAGACCACUGUGAGGAGUAUGUCUACGACCCAUCACAGAAGAACUUCACAGACUCCAUUGAGAAUGCUCUCAAUGCAUUAAAGGAGGACAGGGCUGACAUGGCUGGAGUCUACUUUGAGAGGAUUGAUGUGCAGGGCCAUCACUUUGGUCCUCACUCCACAGAGGUGCACGAUGCCGUGACCAACCUGGAUAAGACUUUUCAGACCCUCAACCAAAAAAUCAAGGACAAGGGCAUGUCCGACACACUGAACGUCAUCAUGUUCUCUGACCACGGUAUGACGGACAUCCAGUGGAUGGAGAAAGUCAUCGAGCUGGAGAAGUACAUCAACAUGGCCGACAUCACCAAGAUGAUGGACAGAGGCCCUGUGGUGAACCUCUGGCCCAAGCCGGACAAGUUUGAGCAGAUCUACCAAAUCCUCACUAAGGUGGAGAACAUGAUGGUGUAUCGUAGGGAUGAGUUCCCUGAUCGCUUCCACUACAAAGCGGGGAAGUUUGUCUCGACGAUGACUCUCGUGGCAGAGCCUGGCUGGUUCAUCACAGAGAGCAUAUCCAAACUGCCUUACUGGAAGAACGACACUAGCGGUGUGGCCAAGGCUUGGCAACAUGGCUGGCAUGGCUAUGACAACGAGUUCAUGGAUAUGAGGGGCUUUUUCCUUGCACGCGGACCAGAUUUCAAGAAAAAUUUCCGGGCUGGACCCAUCAGGUCCGUGGACGUGUACAACCUCUUGUGCCACACCAUGGGCAUCACCCCACUCCCCAACAACGGCUCCUGGCCCCGCGUAGAGUGCAUGCUGAAUGGCUCGCCUGCCACCACCAGACCCAGUCUACUCUUCAGCUCCAUCUUGCUCUUAUUCACUCUACUUUUCUCUAUACAGUAGAUUCCAUCUUCUCCUCCUCCUCCUCUUCCUCCCCCCUUACCUAUUGUUCUAGGUCUGGGUUUCUGCUUUGUAAUUAUGUCUUAAGGCCUGUGCUAUCCAUUUCACAUAUGCCUUUCAUUUAGCCUGCCCACUAUGUGGGGAAAGGGUAAUGAGGGGAGCUUCCAGCCAAAACA